CUAUAUUCUAUAUUCUAUAUUUUAUAUAAUUAUUCAAAAGUAUAUAGCGGCGGUAUUUACUCAAGUUAUCGACACACCAUUUUUUGGCCUCGUGCUUGAGAAUAAAAUAAAUUCACAUCCAUGAACCGCACUCUUCUCAAUGCGUUUUUAGCGGUUCUUGUUCUGGCAUGGGUUUCGUCGGCCAGCCCUCUGCAGGAACAAUUUGCAACCUCGGAGCUCUCACUCGCCACUUCCGUCGGAAACAGAUUUGUAGAGAACACUGCCCCUACUGCCGUUAUCAGAAAUGAAUUCGAAGAGACUGCUGCUCCCCCACCUGCCAGUGUCACGGUGAUACUACCCCCACCAUUGACCGUCGCCUACCAGGAUCAGUGCAACCCGUGCUGUGCUAACUGUGUUACAUACUCGGACCUCCAUAUUGACACUGAUGGCGAUGAAUGCUGCAAGCCGGCAGCCGUAAUUAAAACCCGUCACUUUGUCAAGGAGAUCAAUUACAAGUGCUGCACCGGUCCUUGCGGCGAUGUCUGCUGUGAGCCCUGCUGCACCAAGAUUGUCUGCAACCCUUGCGGACACGGUGACUGCAUUACCGUCGGCCCUUGCGGUGCACGCUAUUGCCGCGAAUGCUGCGACCCAUGCUGCCACCAUCACCAGCCCUGCUGCUGCCACCGCGAGCCGUGCUGCUACGAGUCCCGCUGCUGCGAGUCCCGCUGCUGCAAGAAGUGCGUUGUUACGCACGCUAUUGCCGAUAACUAUGGCACCCACUACUGCGUGAGUAGCUGUAUUAAGGAACCCUGUGGUAACCGCUGUGUCGAGACCCACCGCUGCUAUGCUCCCAACACCUGCCCUCACCCGUGCAAGGAGAACCUGUCGACCGAGUACUGCAUCACUCACUACAUCGUUGAGCCUCCAUGUGGCUGCUGCAGCUGCGGCUGCGGCUGCCCCUGCUGCAUGUGCAGUGACGGAUUCUGCAACGGUUGCAAGAGCUGCUGCCCCUCACCCGAGUGCACCCCGAUGUUCCAAGGAAGCCAGGCUCCUCAGAUGCCCGCUGCUCCAUCAGCCGCCCCCAAGUGCCCUGUUGUCUAUGAUUCUGCAUCUUACUGUCCUCGCUGCCCCUGUUGCCAUGCCCGUGUUGAGUCAAAACCCUCAAACUAAGUUGACGAGCAACGGCGCGUCCAAUGUGUGCACAAACUCGAUCACCACAUCUCACUCUCUAAUGUGCUAGUCUUAUCGUAUUUUUUAAUAUCUCGAAGAUUUUUCAACAAACAAUAAAUACUAAUUUUAAUAUUUACAGCAAAAGAGAGCUCGGCAAUUAUUGUCACCAUGGGCGACAUGUUAGCCUGAAUAAUGUUGAUUUUUUUGUACUUUGUUUUUUUGGUGGCCCUCAGACACACGGCUUUGCUGCCGUAAAGUUAUCCUCACGAACCGGGACUGUAAGUGGGUUUACGCGCGCUCACGAAGGAGCGCGAGAUCUCACAGGUUGACCCCGACUCUAUUGUUAGAUUUCUUGUUUUC